UUUUUUCAUGUAUACCUUCUAAAUAACGACAUAUCCAGGAGAAAGCACCUUUAUUCCUCUUUGUCCGCACAAAAUCGUCUGAGGAAAACAACGCCCAUGCUUUCUAUACAGACAACGGGGCCUCACAGUCAUCUUCCGUGGCUAAAGUGCGAAGUACGACAAGCCGAAAAGGCAAAAUGCCAGCGGUCGUCCUCAGCUCCCAAUAUUGUUUGAAAGUUCUGACGACAUUUUUCGAAACGUAUCUUGAAAGCUGGGUCACACUUGCCCUCGAAACGAAGAACAAGAAGAAACGAAAAAAAUCUCGAGCCAAAAAUAAGGGCAAGAAGGCGGUCAAGGUGCAAACCGAUGCAAUCGAUCUUGAUUGGCAUAGCAAGAAUGAUGAAGUUGGAGAUGACGAUGACGAUGACGAUGACGAUGAGAGUGCACAAACAUUUACAGCUGAUAUCAAAACCGAAUUGCUGGAAAUGGGAUUCAUCCGUGGAAUAUACAAAGAGUGCACGGCGCUUGCCGAAAAGGAAAUUGAUGAUCUCAAAGGGGAACAGUUUACAAGAACGCUCAUCAAAGAAAAGAUUGACUACAUGGCACUUUGGCGCGAGUAUGUCAUGAAUCAUCUCGACGAUAAUUUCAACAGUAUCCACAGUAGAAUCGAAGCAUCGAAGAAUGAAGGUAAAGAUGAACAGACGGACGAUCCUGUCACGGAUCCGAAAAAAUCCAAACAACUUAUUCGUACUUGCUCUGUCCCACUUCCACGAGUCAUUCCUUCCGAUCUCCCUAACGGCGAUAACUUUUUACAAAGCAUCAACAAGUUUUCAGUUCACCUUACCGGCAUCAUCUCCAAACUAUCAAUGCUUACUUAUCUCACUUGCUUGAAUUAUAGCAAAUCGCCAAAUGGCAACACCCAGACACCACCAGCUUUAUCCAAUUUUCAUCAUCUUUUCCCGCCAGCGUUUCAAUGGCAAGGGAACUCUCGGGACUUUCAAAAUGAUACCGAUUCCACGAUACCUGAUGGGUUACAAGAUAGGCUGCAUGCGAGAGUCAAGGACGGUAGCAGCAAGAAGCAGCUUGAUGCGCAUGAUGAUCUUCUAUCGUCGCGGCAUUUACAAUUUUUAUAUUCGCGUUCCGCAACAACGAAAAAAGAAUCGAGCAACUUUCCUUCCCUCUGGUUCGAUUGGUGCAAGAGUUUACCAGAAAUGGCGCAAUCGUUUUCGGAUAUGCCUGGCUGCUCUCAAACGAUCAAUGCUGCAAUCAAGGAAUAUUCGACCAACGUCAAACUCUAUGGUCCCGCGCAGCACCCAGAAAAAAUCUUGGAUCGAGUGGUUCGCACUUUAUUACGAAUCCACUUGGCUCCUGUUCGCGAAAAAGCAUACCAGGAAAAACUCAGAAAGUCGACGAUUCGUAAAAGAAACGAUAAACGAAAAUGUCCCCGUGCAACAAAAAAGUCGUUGAAACGGAGAAUCAAGCAAGAAAUGAAAAGUUUAGCGCAAGCUCCGAAUAGCGAAAAGUUCCUGAUCAGGUUACGCCAGUUGUAUGUGCAAUCUGAGCCAGACAGAGAGGUGACUAUGCACGAUAUCACCGAUGAAAUCGAAAGCUGUAUAUAUCGGAUGUGCCAAAUGUCGAUGAAGAAGAUCUGUUGGAGCUCAUUGAGGAAGAAGACGAUGAAGAAGAAAGAUUAGAGGAAGAGGAGGGAUAGAUAUCCCUCAAACCGAAGAACAACAAACUACAUUAGUUGACCAUCAGGAUCUGAGCUGUCGUCGUUUGAGCGCUACAAAGGCGGUGGUCAAAAAGUUGAUUACGGAAUCAAGUAUUGAUGGAACUGGCACAAAAUCGGGUAUUGACAAGCACACACCGCGAACUAUCUCCUGGACGG